UUGGCAGUCUUGGCUCGAAAUCGCCCACCAGCCCUGGGUGGUGCAGUGAUUCUGGCGAUGCCAACCCCACUCAAAAAGGCAGAUGUGGCCCCAAUGGGGGACGAGGGGGUCGUCAGAGAGGUCACCGACGAGAACGUUGCUGGGCAGGUCCGGCAGUUUGCCGCUCCCAGUGACUUGGGCGCCAGCCCCGCGGAGGAGCUGCGUUCCGCGGCACAGGAUCUGGUCGUGCAUGCGGAACUUGACAUUGUGGAGUACAACGCAGAAGAUCAGGAACUGCAUGCCAGCUUGAAGAAAGAAAUCUUGGAGCACAAUCGAGAGAUUGAGGAGCUGAUCAAGCAAGUUGCUGAAUGGCAGAGCAAGCAGGGCUUGCCGCAGGGCUUGCCGCAGGACUUGCCGGAAGAGGAUGUUGGAGCUGCAGGAAAGUCACGCCUGUCGCAUCUGGAGAAGGAAGACAAGAUUCAUACCGCAUUCUACUCCUUCGAGCAGUCCAUGUGGGAUGCGGCGCUUCUGCUCUGUUUUCAUCGGACCAGCUUCUUGGACAAGAUCAUCCUCUUCACUGGCUGCAUGUCCAACCUAGCACUUCAGGUGGCCUGCGUCUUCUUCGUCCAAGAGAACAUGCUUGAUAAUCCUUUUCCGCAACAGAAAGUUGAAGAGAUGCUGGCCUGGCGAGUGAACCAAGGCCACCGCACGGGCUUUGAUGCGAACACGGGGCAAAGUCUGGUGAGCCGGAUUUGUUCCCGGAAGACCUGGAGGUAUGAGCAGUCCCAGUACGACGAGAUGUUUGAAUAUUUGUAUCAACCAAUGCCUGGCAUCGUCUUGAGCUUGAUUGCCAUUGUGCUGUGGGUGACCACCAUCGCCCUGGAGUACCGGAAGUGCCUGGAACAAGGGCUUGCGGUGUGGCAUCUACCUGCCUUGAGGAUGUCCGACAAGUUUGAAGACAUCAGCGAAGACGGGGCUUUAGAGGUGAAAGGUAUCCAUCCUUUCAUGCGAUAUGUGAGCAUCAUUGUGCUUUGCAUCCCGCGCACAGUCAUCAUGGUCUGGCUGGGCUGGGUGGGAUGCAUCUAUCUUGCACAGACCGCCAGCCUGUCGGACAUCGUGUUGAACGCGGUGGCACUGGCCUUCGUGCUGGAUGUGGACGACCUGCUGGCCUACGUGCUGCUCACCGAGAAGUUGAGGAGUGUGAUGCACAAGUUGAAACCGGUUGAAUGUGGAAAGACCACCUAUGUGUGGUCCUGGAUGGAUGACAUCAGCCGCUUUAUCUUCGUGGCAUUGGGCAUUUAUGCCACCGUGCACUUUCAACUGUUACCAUUCUAUGGAAACGUGCAGGCAGCUGCCUUCGCGCUGUGUGGAGGCCACCAGGACUUCGACUACACCGGAGGCAUACCAGCAGAUCCCAGCAUUGUCUUGAGGCCCUCGGCCUAUGAGCUGCCGAGCUUCACUGCAGUUUGCAGAGAAUCGGACCAGGAGUACUACUACUCCCGCUACUUUGAGGGUGGCAACUUUUCUGGAAAACAGCUGGCGAAUACCACGAAAGGCCCGGAGUGGUAUCAAACGCUGCGCCUUUGGAAAGUCUCCGAGUUCACGUUGAGCACCUUGCAGAACUGCGGUUCGGGGGAGAUCUUGCUGCCGCAGCGAGGGGAAGAUGAACCACGGAAGUGUGGUGCGAUGCCGGAGAGCCUCACGACCAAUCUGCAAGAGCUGGUGAAGGACCUGACGAGCGAGGUGCAGAUCGGAGGUGUACCACCGACGCAAUGCCGACGUUUUGAUGGCCUCAAUGGUUGUGCGGCAAUCAGCCAACCGGAAGUCUGCCUUUGGAGCUGGUUGGCUCAGAAGUGCGAUGGCAAUCCACCGGGUCUCGUUUUGGAGCAGGCGUGCGGAGCCGACACAGAUCCCUUGGAGCAAUGUGAAACCUGGGACCUCUUCCCAGGAGAGCAUCCCAACUUGAACUGCAACGCCACGAAGGUCUGUCCAUUUCCCUACAACUGCUUGGUGAUGCAAGGAACUCUCUCAUUGUCUUUCAACGAUAUCUCAGUGGUGCAGUCCAACUCCACCUUGCAAGACUUGAUUGUGAGUAAUAUACAGAAGACUCUGAGCACCUUGGCCCAAGUCGAGAGCUACCUGGUCCAAGUGUAUGUGCAAAGUUUUGGAGGGCGCCGAUUGGCUGCGGGCUCCAUCCAAUUCUCUUAUCUCAUCCAGCAGGUGCCAGUUCAAGUAAAUCCGAUCACUGUCGUCGCCGAGAGUUCUCUGGUGCCGCUCCUAAACACCUCCUUGACCACGGCCUUGGCCGCCACCAAUGUGAGUCUGACUGGCUCGGCUGUGAAUGCUUCUGCGACAGUAACCGAAGAGGAGUACUGGGAACAGUCGAGUGGAGGUGGGUUGUAUGGGGGUGGUGGUGGAUAUGGGGGUGGUGGAUAUGGUGGAGGCGGAUACGGAGGAGGCGGAUACGGAGGAGGCGGAUACGGAGGCGGUUAUGGAGAUGAUGGCUACGACGGAGACGAUGGAUACGAUGAUGGAGAUGAUGGAUACGACGGAGACGGUGGAUACGAUGGAUACGACGGAGACGACGAUGGAGGCAACUAUGGAUACGGGGACGAUGGAUACGACGGAGACGAUGGAGACGAUGGAUACGACGGAGACGAUGGAGACGAUGGAUACGACGGAGACGAUGGAGACGAUGGAUAUGACGGAGAUGAUGGAGAUGAUGGAGACAACGAUGGAGGCGACUAUGGAUAUGGGGACGAUGGAGACGAUGGAGAUGGUGAUGAUGGGGAUUCAGGUGAUGGAGGCAGUGGCGGCGGCGGAGGAGGUGGGGACAACACAACCAACGCAACCAGUACAGAAACGACGACCAGCACAUCCUUCACGACGACCUUGUGAUGAGCCAUGGGCCAUGUUCUUGCUCGGCUGACCGGAUCCAGGAUGAAGAAGCUGUUCUGGAAUUUUUGGCUGCAGAUCAAAGCGACCUUGAUACGAGGAUCAUUUUUCAAUUGAGGUAUGAUUAUAUAAAGCGUCACACUGAGACUACGUUCCUGAAUCAUGAGAGAGACAGGUCAGUGGAGACGAAGACGGAGCGUCUGAUGGUUACGAACACAGCCAACUCCUAUCUCAGGC